AUGGGGCUGCUGGUUGGAGAUAACCUGUGGCCCGUGGUCAUAUUCACGGCCAUCUUCCUGCUUCUGCUGAACUUGAUGCACCGGUGCAAGUUCUGGACUGCCCGCUACCCACCAGGUCCUGUGCCACUCCCUGGGCUGGGCAACUGUUGCAAGUGGACUAUGGGAACAUGCCAUACAGCUUCCACAAGCAAUAGACCGCUUGUGUUUCUGUCCCAGGUGCUGAACUCACUCCCAAUGCUCCUUCACAUCCCUGGGCUGCCUCACACAGCCUUCCCCAAACUGAGUUCAUUCAUUGGCUCCCUGGAUAAGAUGUUGAUUGAGCACAAGACAAGCUGGGAUCCUGCCCAGCCACCUUGAGACCUGACUGAUGCUUUCCUGGCUGAGAUGGAGAAGGCCAAGGGGAGCCCUGAGAGCAGCUUCAAUGUCGAGAACCUGCGCAUGGUGGUGACUGACCUGUUCACCGCAGGGAUGAUGACCACGUCAACCACGCUGUCCUGGGCCCUGCUGCUCAUGAUCCUGCACCCGGAUGUGCAGCGGGAUGCUGUUCCUCCCUGGCACGUCCAGGAAGAGAUUGAAGUCAUAAGGCAGACGUGGCGCCCAGAGAUGGCCGACCAGGCCCGCAUGCCCUACACCAAUGCUGUCGUCCAUGAGGUGCAGCGCUUUGGGGACAUCGCCCCAUUGGAUUUUCCACACAUGACGUCACGUGACAUUGAAGUACAGGGCUUCCGCAUCCCUAAGUGGUCUUCACUGCUGAGCAAUCUCUACACCCCCCCCCCUUCCCCUUUUAACAGUGCUACUCUGAGCCGGGGUUUCACUGGACAUUUGCAUGCCAUGCACACGGUCCUACAUCCUGAUGGCCUCCACCUGGACAUGGGGCUCUUCUUCCUCUUCUUCACCUGCCUCCUGCAGCGCUUUAGCUUCUCGGUGCCCGAUGGACAGCCCAGGCCCAGCAAUUAUGGCGUCAUUGCAGUUCCGGUUGCCCCCUCCCCCUACCAGCUCUGUGCUGUGCUGCGCCAGCAGGGACACUAA